AACCAGCCAGAAAAAAAGCCGGCUACAACAACAAAACCUCCAAAGCCAACAAACAGCAGCAGAAGCAAGUGUGUGUUUGGCACCCCUCGAGAGUCUGUAGUGCGACGAAUCAAAAAAUUAGGAUUGUUUUUAAGUCUGCUGAACUGCUCUGGGCCACGAUCAGCUGGCUUGUGUGGACAUUAGCGAAAACAAUAGGAAGUUUCGAAGACAGCUAGCGAACGGUUUUUUUUUGUGUAAAAACUAUUGGGUGCAGUUUUUUAUUGUAUUGGUGUAUUGUGGGCGAAGUGCCAAUAGGUGUUUUGUGAACAGUAGUGAUUGUUUAGUCCUAGAAGAACUCUGAGCGAGAUAUCAGCUGUGUUGUAAGGGAAGGACGAAACCACUUGGUAUCAAUAAGUGAAUGUUAAAGAGCCGACGAAGAAAAGAAGCAAAUAGUAUAUUUUUCGUCAGAUAGUGUAAAAUUUUAAAAGUGAAAGUUAUUCGAAAAAAACAUCAAUUUUAGAAGAGCUUGAAUCGAUUUGUCCUGGACAGAGCACUGUUUGGUGGCUGAGAAAGUGGACUCUGUGAAACACAAUGGACCUGUUCUGUACCGAGGAGAUAAGCAGUGCAGAGAACGAAACGGUUAGAGGACAGCAAAACGUAGACAGGCCGACUGCAGGACAAUUAUCUGCCCAGCAUAUGGAAGUGCGCCUGAAUACGGCGGUGAAAGAUCCUAUAUUUCUCGAAGACCGUUGUCUGGAAAAUCUGCUGAAAACGGAAGUCCGCCACACUCAACGGCGGAAUGACUUCCUGAAGGUGCAGAACGAAAUCAGCAACAAUGAGCGCCGAAUCGUCGUCGAAUGGAUAACUGAGGUAUGUGAGGAACAGAAAUGCCAGGAAGAGGUAGCCCUACUCUGUUUCAACUACAUGGAUCGCUUCCUCAGUCUGGUUCGGAUCAAGAAGACACAAUUGCAAAUCCUAGCCACUGCCUGCCUGCUAUUGGCUUCCAAAUUGCGGGAGCCAAACUACAAGGCGCUACCAGUGGAGCUGCUAGUAUUUUACACCGACAACAGUAUCAGCAAGCACGACUUGAUCGGAUGGGAACUUCUAGUUCUAAGUCGGUUAAAAUGGGACGUAUCGACGGUGACACCGCUGGAUUUCCUCGAGCUGCUGCUCUGCCGGCUACCCAUCGAGAACAAAAAGUGUCACGAUAUUACAACAGAGAAAGUGAGAAAGCACGCACAAGCUUUCAUCUCCCUAGCAGCUAGAGAACAUUACUUUUCCAAUUACACGGCCAGUACCGUGGCGGCAUCCAGUAUUGCGACAUCGCUGAGCGGACUCAAAUGGGAUCUACACAGCGGCAAGUCAAUCAGCUACCUAGUGAACAGGUUUACCGACCUGACCGGGGUAGAGCAGGAAUUCAUCUGUGAAUGCAUGGACAAAAUGGAAGCUCUUUUCCAACAGCAGAUGCGCCGGUUGCCGGACUCGCUGCACAUUACAUCGGCGGCGGCUGCCUUCGUGUCUCAGCACAUGCAGCAGCCCUGCGUCAAUCCCAAAAAUAGUUCUAUUACACCGACGGAUGUGCAGGACAUCGAUUUCUAAUAUCAAUUGCAAGGUAGGAUAAUCAAAUUCUACGUAGUAGUUGGGCAGGAUGGACCCCUGACGGAUUAACCCGGAUCUGCAUCGAGUCAAACGGGGGGCGGCAGCAGGAGCGAAAACGCCACUAGCAAGAGGAUUUAUGCUGAAACACAAUUUUGGUGCUAUGUUAUACUACAUUAAAUUUAAGUUAUACUCGGAAU